CAGGAGCAGGGUGGGAUGCAGGUGGUUGGGCUUCCCAACAAACAGAGAAUAGGGAAUCUCUCGCGUACCUUCGCGACCACUGAAACCUGCCGCCAGGACUGGAAAGCUGGAGGCAAGUUUGUCGGAGAGGUGGAAGAGGAUCGGAUUUGCGAUCGGCUCAGGCAAGGAAGGCAUCGGCGUCGUUGCCGCCAAAUCCCACACACUCCGGUCGCCAGGGCGGACCACGCCGGCAGUUCGCCGGGAAAAAAAAAGUUGCCCGCCUUUUGCGUUCCAGACCUCCAGUUCCUCCCCUCUCCGUCACAAUCUAUACAACAAUGCUGCGCCGUCAAGCCCGUGAGCGUCGAGACUAUCUCUACCGGAGAGCUCUGACUCUCCGCGAUGCCUCCAUCGCCGAAAAGAGAGCCCAGCUAAAGGCAUCGCUGGCCUCCGGAAAACCCCUCGACUCCUCCGUUGCGGACGAUAAAGGACUCCGCGAGGACUUCAAAUACGACGAAUCUCUCCCUGCAGCCGAUAAGAAAGACGGCGACGCCGUCGACCUCGACGACGAAUAUGCCCUCACGUCCGGCAUUGCCGAUCCUCGUCCCAUCGUCACAACAUCGCGCUCCCCUUCGGUCCGCCUGGGCACCUUCGCGAAAGAAGUCCGGCUCCUUUUCCCUACGUCGAUACGCUUGAACCGUGGUAAUCUGGUUAUCCCGGAUCUGGUUGCAAGCGCAAACGCCGCGGCACUGUCCGACAUGAUUGUCCUGCACGAACACCGUGGCACACCUACUGCCAUGACGAUCUCCCAUCUUCCUCACGGCCCGACCGUCAGCUUCUCCCUGCACAACGUUGUUCUCCGCGCCGAUAUCCCCGAUGCUGCCCGCGGAACCGUCUCCGAGAGCUACCCCCACCUCAUCUUCGAGGGAUUCAAGUCCAAGUUGGGUCUUCGUGUGGUUCAGAUCUUGAAGCAUCUGUUCCCCCCGCGCGAGGAAGGCAAGCUUGGCAACCGUGUCGUCAGCUUCGUCAACAAGGAGGACAGCAUCGAGGUGCGCCACCACGUGUUCGUCAAGACCGGCUACCGGGACGUGGAGCUGGCAGAAGUUGGUCCUCGCAUGUCGAUGAGGCCAUUCGAGAUUCGCGGAGGUACUUUGGAGAAGGGCUCGAGCGGUGAUGUUGAAUGGGCUCUUACCCAAUACACGAGGACCAGCAAGAAGAAGGAUUACCUGUAAGCGCGUGUUUGUCUCGAGGACAUACAUGGCUUUCGGGAGGUAGUAGUGUACAAUUUCUUACGAGGGCAAAAGAAAAGUCUGAUUUGGCGCAUGAGGUGUUAAGGAAGGAGCUCGCAGGGCGGCAUUUCGCAUUUGGCAUAUUUGAUC